AGACAGAGAGAGAGAGAGAGAGAGAGAGAGAGAGAGGUUGUAUCACUGUAUCUGGUCGUCUGAUGGUGGUAUUCCUUGUCUGAGUUUUCUCUUUCCGAGGGUUUCGGAAAUGAAGCGCCUUUGUUGGUUCCUGAACGAUGAUCUUACUGCCGCUGUGCUGUCUAGGGUUCCUACUAUAACUUUGCUUGGUUUUAAGCGUGUUUGGAGAGAGUGGCGUCGUCUGAUUUCAGACCGCUCCUUUAUUCAGUCCCAGUUGAAAAGGAUGGAACCUAUAGCAGGACUAUUUUUUCAGGAAAGGUUCCACUGGUGCAAUGAUGACAUUGAAUCUGUUAGCUACAUUCCAGUCACGACGGGCUCUGAGGUGAAGCAGACAGUCCUCAAUUUCCUCCCCGAGAAUGUUGUCGUUUUGGGAGUCAGCAAUGGCCUGCUCUGUUGUCGGAGUUGCUUUUCUUCUAAACGCCCAGUAAUUUAUGUCUGCAAUCCCUCAAACAAGGAAUGGGUGAGUCUGCAAUGGCCUGCACCUGACAAAAGAAACAUCUUGGCAUUGGUUUUUGACCCUUUUCUGGAUCCUGUAGAUGUGUCCACAAAUUUCAAAGUGGUUAGAGUUCAUAAAAUUGUGACUGAAGCGGAGGAUACAGACUAUUCAACUGUGAUUGAAAUGGAGGAUUUAUACUUUUCAUUUGGUAUAUACUCGUCAGAGUCGGGGACGUGGAGGAGAUCAAUGGAGAUCUGCCAGUGCAAUCACAAUUUGUUGAAGAACAAAGGCAUUUGUAUAGGAAAAGUCUUGUAUUGGCCAACUGAUGGUGACAAAGUCCUAAUGUUUGAUGUGGAAAAAGAGCUGUCUUGGUUGCUUACAGUACCAGUCCCUCACACCUUGCCAGAGAUAUGUAUUGGAGAAUCCGAGAGGCAACUGCAUUACGUCUUGAUCUCUGAAGAUGGACUUCAAGUAUGGGUUCUUGAGGACUACUUAGAGUCAAAAUGGGAAAUUAAAUACUUUAUUGCUCUAGAUAAGAUGGAGGAAGAAAAUCCCGAGUUCCUCUGUAACACACAGCAGAGAGUAGCUAAUCGAGGUGAUAUUCCGUGGAUGGACCCUCUGGCCUACAAAGAUGGACUUCUGUUUAUGAGGGUGUCAACGGGGAUCUUCUCGUAUCACUUCGAGACAAGGGAAAUGGAGGAGCUCUGCAGUCUUUCCGUGUUGGGGUCGAACUCCUUGUUAUCUCCCAUCUUGCUUCCAUAUUCCCUGAGUUUGGUUCCAUUGCGUCGUCCUCAGGAAUCAACCAUCCCGGGUAACUAACUGAUCUUAAUCAAUACUUUGGUACUUUUUGAAACUAUAGAAAUGGUUCAGGGGAUAUCUUUCUUGUUUUGUUAGUUUUUGAUCUCCAUCCAUACGUGUCCUCUUGGAAAUGCUGUAACUGAUAGGAUUAGCACUGUGGUGUGCUCUUUUGCUAAGCUUGAGAUAUUAUGCAUAUGCUCUUAAAGAUGUAGGAAAGCUUUUGGAAUCUGAUGUUUGUUACUAAGAACAGUAUUUAAAAAUUACCCAAUGCAUAACUUUUGCUUCCUAGUGUU